CGCGCCUCUGACUGCGGGGCUCCGCUGCGGGGACGAACCCACACAUGUCCUGAAGAUCAGAACCAGGAAGUUCGGAGUUCAGAUCCGGUUCUGACCCGGAUUGUGCGGAUCCAGCAGGAAUGAUUCACCGACCAGAAUUCUGCCUCCUGUAGAACCGGACCCAGUCUGUCCUGCGUGGUUCCGCUGCGGUUCGGCUGAGGGUUCAGCUGGUUCUUUGUGGAUCAUGGCUUUUCUGAUCAAGAAGAAAAAGUUCAAGUUCCAGGUCCACUUCGUCCUGGAGGAACUGGCCGCGGUUCCGUUCGUCAACGGGGUUCUGUUCUGCAAAGUUCGGCUGGUGGACGGAGGAGACUUCAGCAUCUCCUCCUCCAGGGAGGAGGUGCAGCAGAACUGUGUUCGAUGGGGGAAGAAGUUUCCUUUGUGUAAAAUGAGCGCCAGCUCCGUCACUGGAGUGUUGGAUCCCUGCAUCUGCAGAGUUUCUGUUCGCAAGGAGCUGAAGGGAGGGAAGGCCUAUUCCAAGCUGGGAUUUGCUGACCUCAACAUUUCUGAGUUUGCUGGUUCAGGCUCAACAGUCCGCUGCUGCAUCCUGGAGGGUUAUGACACCAAAAACACCCGGCAAGACAACUCCAUCCUGAAGGUCACCAUCGGCAUGACGCUCCUGUCUGGAGACCCCUGCUUCAAAACGCCUCCCAGCACGGCUAAGUCCGUCCUGAUUGGAGUGGAGGAUCCCAACCUGCAGCUGGCCUGUAAGGGGGACAGCACCGCCUCUCUGCAGCCACCAGGGGGCAUCAUGGAGCGGCCUGGCGCCGUUAAACCCAGACAGUCUUCAGUUCGGGGUUUAGGGCUGCCGGAGCACGCCGACGGCCUUCACGGUCCCGAUGACGUCUUCCUGACUCGGCACGUCCGCAGCGCCAGUCAGCACAGCAAGAUAUCAGGCUACAGCACCGGUCACUCCCGCUGCUCCAGCCUGACCGACCUCAGCCACCACCGGAACGCCUCGUCCAGCAGCGGCGCGUCCUGCGGCGCCGCUCAGCCCGCCGCCCCCGCCAAGCCGGAGCGGCCGCCCCCGCCCUGCGCCGCCGCCCUGCUGUCCCACCGCUCCUCCAGGAGGAAGAAGGACACCGUGGAGCGCCAGCGGAGCUGCGUGGACGACACUCGCAUCGACGCCGACGACAUCGUGGAGAAAAUCGUUCAGAGUCAGAACUUCUCGGCCGGCAGCAGCGACGAAGACAGCCACCUGAGACUGUUUGUCAGUAAGGACGGGACCACGGCCCUGAGCGGGACGCAGAUCGCCACCAGAGGAACGCCGGGCGUCUUUGAGCCGGUGGAGAUCGAGACUCACUGAGGCUCCAUGAUGGAGGUUCUGACCCGUUUCCUCAGAACCAGCAGUUCCCGUCCGCUCCGGGUCGCUCCACUCACCUCCAUUAUCAGCUGCUUUUAAAUAUGAAUAAUCUGGAUUAUUCCAGUAGCUCCUGGCAGGAUCCAGGCCUCCAUGAUUAAUCCUGAAUGUUGAG